AUGGCAUCAUCAGCUGCAAUGUUAUGCGACGUGAGUUCGACCAGUGGUUGUCAAAACCUGGGAUAUAAGUCCGUACCACAGUUUUAUAUGGACAAAUGCGUUUUUAUCACUGGAGCGACAGGAUUUAUGGGAAAAGUCCUGGUGGAGAAAUUGCUGAGGUCGUGUCCAGGAGUAAGGAACAUUUUUUUACUGAUACGGUCCAAAAAGGGACAGGAUGUGCAGUCGAGGUUGAAGGAGCUUUUGGAUGCACCGUUAUUUGACAAAAUUCGUCGGGAACGACCGGCUGAUUUACAAAAAAUUGUGCCAAUCAUUGGAGAUGUUACAGAACCCGAAUUGGGCAUUGGAACUGCAGACCAAGCUCUACUAUGUAGACAGGUUCACGUAGUGUUCCAUUCGGCGGCAACUGUCAAGUUUGAUGAAAAGCUGAAAUUGAGCGUGGCAAUCAAUAUGUUGGGAACGAAACGAUUAGUGGAACUGUGUCACAGGAUGACAUCCUUAGAGGCUUUAAUACACGUUUCGACCGCUUACUGCAAUUGUGACCGCGGAGAAGUCGACGAAAUAAUCUACCCACCCCCAUAUGAUCCUGACAGGAUAAUAGAAAUGGUCGAGUGGAUGCCCGAGGAAAUGAUCGAUGACUAUCUGACAAGCAAAUUGAUAGGAAAAAGACCAAAUACUUAUACAUUUACAAAAGCUUUGGCCGAACACAUGCUGCUGACCACGGCCAAAGGACUGCCCGUGGCCAUUGUACGACCGAGCAUUGUGUUAUCAAGUAAAAAUGAGCCCAUGUCGGGUUGGGUAGAUAAUUGGAACGGUCCGACUGGAAUUAUUUCGGCAGUUGGAAAAGGUUUCUUCAGGACAAUAAUAUGCCACCAUGACAAAGUUGCCGAUUUGGUGCCAGUAGAUACAGUUAUUAAUCUUUUAGUGGUCUCGGCCUGGAAAACAGCUCAAGAAAGAAAAGACACAGUAACAGUAUACAACUGUUGUACAGGUCAACAGAAACCCAUCACGUGGAAAGAUUUUGUAGAAAUAUGCAUCGACAACAUGCGAAAGCAUCCCUUAGAUGGCUGUAUCUGGUACCCAACUGGAACUCUGCGUAGUAACAAAUUCAUGAAUCAAACUGUUUCAUUUUUGGUUCACUCACUCCCAGCUUUCAUCAUGGAUAUUUUUGCAAAAAUUGCAGGAAAACGACCAAUUAUGGGUCGCGUCCAAUUAAGGCUGUCCAAAGCCGUCCAAUUGGAGUACUUCACGACGCAACAGUGGCGCUUCAGUGACACCAAUGUUAGGAACCUGAGCGACGCCCUAACGGCGUCCGACAGAGAGGCGUUCCCGUUCGACGUGCGCCAAAUCGAUUGGCCGCAUUACAUCGAAAGUUGUUUGGGAGUCAGAAAAUUCUUGUUCAAAGAAACAGAAGAACAAGCUAAGAAAGCACGAGUCCAUAUGACGAGAUUAUACUGGCUGCACCAGAUGUCCAAAGUGGCCAUGUUCCUGAUGUCCUGGAGAUUUCUCUACAACAGAUCGAAACAUUUCCAAACUUUAUGGAAUAACGCCAUACAGAUGCUACUGGGUCUACUCAGACUUAUACCACUUAUUGUUUGA